CUUGCAGUAAUGGCUGACAGAAAUGAAAUUGUUGACGAUCUGUCAGUUUUGUGAAUUUUAUUUUCGCCAUUAUCAGUGAUUUGUGACUCAUAGUUUUGUAAUGGGUAGUGUUUAGUAAAUACUAGUGUUCACAAACAAUACCGAAACAAAAUGAACGGAUUAAGUUUCAGCGAACUUUGUUGCCUGUUUUGUUGUCCGCCAUGCCCAGGAAAAAUUGCGGCCAAGUUAGCAUUUCUGCCUCCAGAACCAACGUAUGCAUUCACUCCUGAUGAAACGGGAUCGAAAUUUUCUUUAACGCUCACAGAACGCGCUGAGUGGCAAUACUCAGAACGUGAAAAAGAAAACAUCGAAGGCUUCUACUCCAGAACGACGAGGGGCAACAAGAUAGCCUGUCUCUUUGUUCGUUGCAGUCCAAAUGCUCGUUUCACUAUAUUGUUCUCACAUGGCAACGCUGUGGAUCUCGGACAAAUGAGCAGUUUUUAUUUAGGAUUAGGCACCCGAAUAAACUGUAAUAUAUUUAGUUAUGAUUAUUCGGGUUAUGGUGUAAGUGGCGGGAAGCCCUCAGAAAAGAACUUGUAUGCUGACAUAGAUGCUGCGUGGCAAGCGUUACGAACCCGAUAUGGCAUUAGUCCUGAAAACAUUAUUUUGUAUGGACAAAGCAUUGGAACUGUACCAACAGUAGAUUUGGCAGUGCGUUAUGAAGUUGGAGCUGUAGUGUUACAUUCGCCCUUAAUGUCCGGAAUGCGUGUAGCAUUUCCAAACACCAAGAGAACUUGGUUUUUCGAUGCAUUUCCCAGUAUUGACAAAAUACCCAAAGUUACUUCUCCAGUUCUUGUGAUUCAUGGAACCGAGGAUGAGGUAAUUGACUUCUCCCACGGACUCGCCAUAUAUGAGCGGUGUCCGCGUGCAGUGGAGCCACUAUGGGUAGAGGGUGCUGGGCAUAACGAUGUGGAACUGUUCAAUCAGUACCUCGAGAGACUGAAACGUUUUGUAUCUGUAGAGUUGCUCAACUGACAAAGACUGCAGGCCACUGGCCAGACAACACAAGGUAUUUAACUUAC